AUGGAGAAUGAUACUCUCGUCUCUCUUGAAGAUUUAGGGUACCAGGGCCCUCUGUUGGAGGAUGGAGCUCUGGAUGGUGCAUUGAGCGGAGGAGCAGCUUCCCCUGAGUUCACUAAGCUCUGUGCCUGGAUCAGCACCGAGCUGAGGCUCUACUGCCAGCUGGAGGAGAAUGUGCACGCCACUAACUGUCCAAGCGAGGCUGAGGCCUUCCAGCUGGAGAUGAGUGGCCUGCUGUCGGAGCUGGCCUGUCCAUACCCUGUCCUCGCCAGCGGAGACAUCACCCAGAGGUUCCUGAACAGCACCGACUGCCUGCUGCUCCUCACCUUCCUGGUGUCUGAGUUGGAGGCGUCGAGGAUGAUCCUCGUUAAUAAGCCUGAAAAGAAAAGCCAGGAGUCGGGCAGCCCCAUGUUCCUGGAGCUGAAGGGCAUCUGCAUGGCCCUGGGCAUGUCCAAGCCUCCAGCCAACAUCACCAUGUUCCAGUUCUUCAGCGGCAUAGAGAAGAAGCUGAAAGAAGCCAUGAGUAAAGUCCCACCACAUCACGUAGGAGAGCCUCUGAUGAAGAAGGCCCUUGGACCUGUGCACGUGGAAAAAAUUGAAGCCAUCAACCAAGCACUUGUGAAGGAGUAUGAAAUGAGAAGGAAAAUGUUGUUGAAACGUCUCGAUGUGACCGUGCAGUCCUUCGGUUGGUCUGACAGAGCCAAGACGCAUGCUGAGAAGUUGGCCAGUGUUUACCAGCCGCUGCGUUCUGCUCUCUGCACCAAAAGUAACAUCUCUGUCGCUCACCUCCUCGCUGCUCGACAAGACUUCUCCAAGAUCCUGCGCACGAGCAGUGGCAAGAUCCGGGAGAAGACUGCCUGUGCCAUUAAUAAGGUUCUAAUGGGCCGAGUCCCAGACAGGGGGGGCCGCCCCUGUGAGAUCGAGGCUCCUCCCCCAGAGAUGCCCUCCUGGCAGAAGCGUCAGGAUGCCCCCCAAAGCGGAGGACACUACGGUGGGAGUGGGCAUGGAGGCGGCAGGGGGGUCUACGACCAAUACUCCCAAGGUGGACGUGGAGGAUAUGAGAGAGGAGGAGGUAGAGGAGGAGGAGGCAGCAGCAGAGGGGGGAAGGUGCAGGGAGGCUGGGGAGAAGGAGGUGGAGGAGGGAGAGGCUCCUACAACCAGGGCCACUAUCAAGAUGCAGGAGGUCAUCAGGGGGGAGGAGGGAGAGGGGGCUACGGAGGAGGAGGAGGAGGAGGAGGAGGGAACAACCAAGCAGGCUUUCAGGACUCUGCUUUCCACGGAGGAGGCGGAGGCGGUCACCAUGACAAUAACCAUCAGGAGAGAGGCGGGGGUCGAGGAGGUCGCGGGGGCAGGGGAAGAGGAGGCCGAGGAGCAGGAGCAGGAGGAGGAGCAGGUGGAGGAGGUGUAGGAGUAGGAGGAGGAGCAGGAGGAGCAGGAGGAGCAGGAGCAGGUGGAGGAGGACAAGGUGGAGGCUGGGGAGGGAGAGGGGGGCAGAAUUUUAAUCAAGGAGGACAGUUUGAACAGUUCUUCCAACAAGGCGGGCAGCACUACAACCAAGCUGGCUUUACUCAAGGCCGACAAUACACCAGUUGAAGAAGAGUGGGGGGGCAUCGCAGCAGAGUCCACUCGGAGACCCACUCCUCGUCAUGUGAACUGAUUUAAAAUGCCUUAUGAUCAGAUUUAGAAUUUUUAGCAUGGGUAAAAGUGGAUAAAGAUGUUAAAUGAGGACCCUGAGACACACAGACAACACACACUCAGUAUACGCUGUUAGGUUAUUGUUUUACUACAGAGAGCAGUUCUAAAGUAGGUCUUUUCUUUUUCAUACUGGUGUGUUAAUGUUUUCUCUGCCGCCUCAAUUCAAGUAUUCAACAGCUCUGCUAUAAAUGGCUAGUCGAUUCGUUGGACUCUGCUGUUUUGACCUCACAUUUACACUAAAUUAGCCUUAUAUUGGACAUGUUUUUGAAAGACAGGGAAGGGUCCUGAGAUUUCAGUGUUACUUUGUAUCUGACAUGAGAAGUGCACUCUCUUGAAAUCCUUAAUAUAUUAAUUGAAUUUGACGAUUACUUGAAAACGGCUACACCUUUCCAGUUGCAGUAGAUUUGACUGGAAUCUCCUUUGUUACUUAUUUAAGAUGUCAUUUUGUUCUGCUCAUGGAAGAUUGUGUGCAUACAAAUAUGGAUGUUGGAAGGUUUGCAUGGGUGUGUGAAUGAGCAAUAAAAUCUGAAAUGAGAACAUUGUG